UGGAUCGCCAUUUUGAGCUUUUCCUGCGAGAGAGAAAAUGUAAGAAGUAGGUGAUUAUUUUGUGGCCUGAAAAAUAAGGGGCAAAAUCGACUCACAACUUAUUUUAAGCAUUGAAAGGCUACUCUCCGAAGAAUCUAAAAUGGAUCAGUAUGUAAGAGUGACCGAAGAUGAGUCGCUUCCUGCCAUAGAGCUUCCCACUGAAACAGACGGCGCCAUAUUGCUGUCGACAUUACAAGCUCAAUUUCCCGGUGCUUGUGGGUUGAGAUAUAAAAAUCCCGAGACAGACAGCUGGCGAGGAAUCCGCUUGGUUAAUAACAUGUUGUGCCCUCCUGCAGAAGAUGGAUGGGGCGAUCAUCUGUACGUUGUUGUACAGAAAAAUGGUGAGAAAAUAUAAAUCAACGUCAUUCUACGAAAGCUCUACAUAUCAGCGUUCAUUUGAAUGGUCAGAUUGCAAAUUUUGGGUAAGAUUUCAGCAAAGCCUCAUGCAUUUAGUAUGCAUACACGUUUCUGCUCUAUUAAUUUCAUAUUAUGUGAGAAAUAGCAUGAGCUAUGAGAUUGCUGCAUGAGCUGUGCGAAAAUCUUACCCCAACAUGGUUACCCUGAGUUCAUGUACAAAGCAGGAAUUUAAACACAAAAAUACCACCCUCAAAGGAUUACCGGGGAGGGGGAGGGGAAAAAAGGAAACACUUGCCUGUGAACCUCACAAUUCUGAAAAAUGCCUUUGCCCUCUAAUGCAGCUUCUGAUUGGUGCUGGUCAGUCAAAUCAGGUAUGUUUUGUUUACGUGCAUUGCAGAUAAACAUGCUUUGGACUUAUACUUAUUUGAAUCAUGCUUGAGGGAAGUUUUAGCAGAUCUGGCCUGAUGCCUAAGUAAUUUGACGGUCAGGCCUUUGGGGAUGCUGUGAUGUGACAACAGAGUUUAUCACUAGACGAGAAACAAAACAUUCAACUGCAGUAAAUAAUUUAUUGCAGUCGAAUUAAUAAUUGUUAUUACAGUUCAGUGGUUUUUAAAUGUUGUUGCCAUUAAAUGGUUUUAAUUUUCUUGUCUAGCAAUAAACUCUGAGAGGAUCUUGUGUUUUUUAUUUAUCACUUAUGUGGGAUUACACAGUCUGACUUACCAUCAUAGACCAAUUAUUUGGAUGCCACUCAGUCAUAUCGCCAUUAUUGAUUCAAUUAAUUUAAUCAUCACUUUGCAAUGUUAGACAGUACAACUAAACGAAAGAUAGAAGAAUCACCCAAUGCUGUAAAAGAGCCGGAGUCCAAAAUGACAAAGAUGUCUGCUACAGAAGAGAAUUCAGGGGAUCUAAUUGUCUUAGGACUUCCCUGGAAGACAACAUCAGAGGAAAUGAAGGAGUAUUUCCAAAAAUUUGGUGCAGUAAAUAUGGCAGAGGUAACCACAGUAUAAUAAAAAGUAGAAGUUUUGUUAACUUUUGAAGUAGACAUUUGUGAAGAAAAUUUCAUCUAAAUGGCACUGUCUAGCAGCCUGUGUUUAGCUUCAAAUUUUUAAUUGAGAUACUGUGUCUACUCAUUUCCUGAGGAGAAAAGAAAGUAGAAGGAAGAAGUCAAGAGGGCAGUGACAACUUUAAAGCCAAAUAGAGUUUUAAAAUUUUGCCUUCUGUGCAUGCUCAUGCCUUGGAAGCUUUAAAUUAGCUUCAAACUCAAAAGAACACUUUGAGCAGUCAUCGUUUUGGCCAGAUACUGACCAGAAAAUGGCUCAGUUGUGAGGGUAAACAUGGCUAAGAGUAGGGGGAGAGUUAAUUACCCUUAACAUUCUUCCUUUUAAAAAGGGUGGGGAAGGUCCUCUUAGAGAGGGGGAGAGGUUUUGUAUUAUUGUUGUGCUUUUUCUUUGUCAGGUAAAAGUGGAUUACCACAGUGGAAAGUCAAGAGGAUUUGGGUUUGUAAACUUCAAGAGUCCUGAAGUAAGGCAGAAAGUUUUAUCUCAGGUCCACUACAUUCAAGGUCGUAAUUGUCACGUGCGGGAGCCAGGAAGCAAGGUAAGUACCAAGCCUUGUCUUGGAUUGGUUUUUGUAUUUUUUUAUUACUUAAUACAGUAGCUGUGACGAUGAUAAUUUGUAUCUGGAUCAGUAUCAGUUACAUUGGUAACAAUAUUAAUUUUGUGUUUGUAUCAGUAUCAAAAGCAUUAGUAAUUUGUAUUUGUAUCAGAAUUAGUGAUAUCGAUAAUUUGCAUCUGAAUCAGUAUCAGUGAUAUUGGUAAUAAUUUGUGUUUGUAUCAGUAGUAAUGACAUUGAUAAAAAUAUUUUCAUUUGUAUCAGUAUCAGUGACAUUGAUAAUUUUUUGUAUCAGCAUCAAUAACAGAGCUCAAAUAAUUAAUCCUUUAAGCCUCAAGUCUGAUCUCUGUUCUUAAAGAAUUAGUUGAGAGAAUUUGUUAAAAGAUCAAAGCAUUUUCCAUUAGGUGAUCAUUUGAUCAAUUUUCAUAACUCAAUCUUUUGAUUACAUUAAUAUUUUGUAUUGAUAAUAGAGGGAAAGUGAUAAUUAUUAGUCACUCUUGGAACUUAAAAGGUUAAAGAAGUUAUGCAUAAAGAACAUAAUCAUCCUGGUCAUGAAUAAUGCUUAGCUGCAGAAUGUAUCCUUCCCUUUUUAUAAUACAAGUUUCUUGGGUUAGACCCUUUUACUCAACCUGAAAAACCUGAAUUUACAUACUAAAGGUUAUCCAAACAACAACCUCCCCCUCGUUAAGAUCCCUUUAAAUUAAUUAGUAAAAUUUCUGCUUUCGGGGACAGAAAAUGAAAAUUUUUAUUUUGAUGCUCCAAAUAAUAUAGAAAAUAUGAACAAAACUUUAUUAUUAGCUUUACAAAUUAUUUAUGGUUCUUUUCCUUUUCCUUAGCAUGAGGUCAUGCCAAAGAAACUGUUUGUUGGACGUCUUCCAGAUGGCACCACGGAGAAUGACCUUUAUGAGUAUUUUAGCAAGUUUGGUGAAGUCAUUGAUGUCUAUAUUCCAAAACCCAUGCGUGGAAUCUCAUUUGUGACAUUUUCAUCAGGGGAAGUUGCUAAAAAGGUUCAUUCACAAUCUCACCGCUUUGGUACAAAUCUGCUGAAUGUGAGUGUCGCAGAGCCAAAGGCAGCAAAAAAUGUGCCUGUGCCAUCACAUCAAGACAUGCACCCCAUGCACUCCUCUGGUGGAUGGGGUGGGGGGUUGGGAUUUGAUAUGUAUGGGAUGAAUUCCUGGAGUGAUGGAGGCCGUCAGAGUAUGCCGUUCAAUGUUUCAGCGGCGUACAACUCCAUGAUGCAGAGCAUGUUAAACAUGGGAAAUCCAUCAAGCGGGUCGUCAAGCAUGAUGGCAUCCAGACAUAACAGGAGAUAAACUCAAGUGGUAGGACUUCAACAGUGUUUUGUGGAUUAGAACUCUCAGUGAGUUUGCAAACAUGUUAUUUUUAAUUUAUGUUGGUCAUUGAUCUCAGGUUAGACUUUACAGUAAAACAGGAUAAUGAUAUUAUCUUUAGAUUUGAUCUGGCUAAUACACUGUAUACAGGUGUAUGCUUGAAUUCUUGUUAUGCUAGGGCGAAAACAGCCAUAGACAACUUCUCUAACCAUUUUUAUUGGCUGCCCUGUCAAAAUUUCGAAAGCAAACAUUCUGGUACCUCCAAAACAAACUUUAUUAAGUACCGGCAUUCAGAUUUAAUGUUGAAGAAGUCAAAGACAUUUUACUAACAGUGAACCCUAGCUGAAAUAAGCAUGAAACAUUUAACAAUAAUAUUUAUGGCAUGUAGCUGAGUGAGGUGUGAAAACACAGAAAACUGACACUGUUCAACUAGAAUAUUUUAACAUUUUGAAUGGUUGCAUGUGAUGGCAGAGACUGCUUUAUUAAGAGACUCUUACCAUGAACUUUUGAUCAACUGUUUUGACUUUCUUUUGUACAACAAACCUGUCCUUGUAAACUUAGCUAAAUACCAUUCUAAUGGAAAUCUUCAAAAAUUAAAAUUAAUAUUAUGUAGUAUGCUGAUUAAUCUGGUUUCUGUGAAAGUUUAGUGACAGGGCAAAACAAUAAUACUUGAAGUAGUUUGUUCAUUAAAAUCCAUGGAUGGAUUCAUUCCUGUAUGAGGUCAUAUGCACUUUUAAAAUAGUACGUUUUAAAAUGUUUGUCUGAUGAAGUGGAGUUGAAGUGGAGAAGUGUUUGUUUCAAAUAGACAGGAAUCAUAUUGCUGCAAGUUUGGUAAUGUGUGAAAUAACAAAUUCAUUUAUCUUUUGGUAAUUAAGUCAUCCGUACAAGUUUACCAGUCAUGGUUUGGAAUGGUAAAGAAGAGUAGAAGAGUGACUUCUGAUUCAUCACACAUCUUGAAUGCUGUUGUAUGCAUCUGUCACCACCAGAGACAUACAUUCGAGGGUCAUCUGAUUAUUAUAAGAUGCAAAGGGUGCACAUUUUUGUGUGUGUGUAAAGGAUUGUAUUAAAUUUCUGGAUGUUUGAUUGUUUCACACUCAUAGGCUGUAACGUCAUUUUAGGGUAGUCAGCUGAUUGUAAAGUGAAAGGGUUAUUUUUGAGUGUUAGGCGCCAGGAGAGUCUUCUCUCAACAUGGUGCGCAAAGGUUUAGAUCUCAUGGUUUAGAGGCAAAAGCUGGAAUCUUAAUAACCACAUCCAGAGUGUAGGAAGGCCUUAACAUGGAGAGCAAAGGUGUGAUUUGUCAAGUGAAACAAGCAAAGAGAAUGCUGAAUGAUCAAAUUUUGUGAUGCUGGAGAGUCUGACAUGGAAUGCAAAGGUAUGAUUUGAAGGGUGACAGCCACAGAACCACAUCGAUAGCAUCAUUUUGUGAGAUGUAGAGUCUUAAUGGUGGUUUGCAAAGGUGUGAUUUUCAGAGAUUGAAUAAUAACCUCCCGAGUGCCGUCUGUGAAGUAAGAAAAGCAAUGUGGCAAUAAUAGUGAGAGUCAGUCAAGGAAGCAGCUGUAAGUACAUUUAUACAAGUAAUAAAUUUUAGUAAAAAUUAGGCCUUCUUUCUGUCUGCAAAUUAUGGGAGUCCCUUGUUAAUUAUGCAGUUGAACCUCUGUGAAGUAGCCACCCUCUAUCAAGUGACUUGUGGCAGAGCCUGGGCAUUUGUUGAAAUCACCGUAAGCAGAACUUGAGUCUCUUUUUCCUUGUCCCCUGAGGGUUGUUGCUCAGAGGUUUGACUGCAUUCA